GUACUCUACUAUAAAUAGACGUUGCUCUCAAGGUUAUUCCUUCACACUUCACACACAUAUAUACAUUAUUAAAAACGAAGUAUUAAUAGUGAUCAUGGCUAAAUUUGCUUCCAUCAUCGCCCUUCUUUUCGCUGCGCUUGUUCUUUUUGUUGCUUUUGAAGCACCAACGAUGGUGGAAGCAGCGAAGUUUUGCGCCAGGCCAAGUGGGACAUGGUCAUCAGGAAAUUGUCGAGACAAUAGAGCGUGCAAGAAUCAGUGCAUUAACUUUGAGAAAGGACAACAUGGAGCUUGCAACUUUGCCUUCCCAAUUAACAAGUGUAUUUGCUACUUCCCUAAACCUUGUUAAUCUAUCUAUAAACUCUUUGGUGGGUACUGUCUGUAUUUUACAUAAAAUAAGGGUGUCCUAAUAAAAUAAGAUUAUAAUAA